GUUUCAAUUUAGCUGCCUUCUGUGGCAGUUACAGUAUCGCGUAGUAUUUUAUUUGAUUGUGAUAAGUGGAUAAAACGAUAGUGCACAAAUGAAUGCGUUAGCGUUAGUUGCUUUCGCCCUAUGGGCGCUUUUUAUGCGCUACCUUCCGAGUAUUAUUCAAUUUUUACGAUUGAAACGAUUCGCAGCAACAAUACCAGGACCAAGUAUUGGUGAAUUGAUUGCGAGAUCGAAAAAAGGGCAGAUUCUAGAAUGGUUGCAUUCGCUGAGGAAAAAGCAUGGGCCAGUUUUCCGGAUAUGGCUUGGUAGAGAUCUAAUGGUAUUCUUCAGCGAUCCUGAAGACGUUAAGCAAUUAUUAAGCAAUAAUACACUACUUAAAAAAUCAAGAAGUUAUGAAUUAGCCGAGGCAUGGUUGGGCAAAGGACUUCUCACCAGUAGCGACGACGCAUGGCACCGUCGCCGAAAAUUACUCACACCCGCUUUCCAUUUUCGCAUUCUAAGUGAAUUUAAGGAACCCAUAGAAGAAAAUUGCAAAAUAUUCAUCAGAAAAUUACGGGAAAAGGCUAAUGGCGAACAGUUCGAUAUCUACCCAUACAUAACAUUGUUUGCCUUGGAUGCUAUCUUGGAGACAGCGAUGGGCAUAAAAAAGAAUGCCCAAAUGCAGAGCGAAUCUGAAUAUGUGAAGGCAGUGCAAACGAUAUGUCGCGUUAUGCAUAAACAGUCCUUUUCAUUUUGGCAACGUUUCGAGAUCAUUUUUCGUUUCACCAAUUCGUAUAAAGAACGUACUGAGGCUUUAAAGAUUCUACACGGCGAGACGAAACGUGUCAUUAAGUUGCGUCGCCAAAUGUUGCAGGACACCAAUAUACAAACCAUGGCGGAUGCAGAAAAAUCCGAUGACGUUGGUGGCAAAAGGCGUCUUGCCUUCCUUGACAUGCUGCUCAUCUCCCAACAAGAAGGUGGCGGUCUGACUGAUCAGGAAAUUAGAGAGGAGGUUGACACAUUCCUGUUCGAAGGUCACGACACCACGAGCUCAGCAAUUGCGUUCUGCAUAUAUUUGCUCUCUCAGCAUCGAGAGAUACAGCAGCGAGCCUAUGAGGAGGCGUCAGCGUUGCGGGGUCACGAAAAGGAGUCCAUGCGUUACAUGGAAGCAGUCAUCAAAGAAACGCUACGCCUUUAUCCCUCUGUGCCAUUUUAUUCGCGAAAGGUGCAAGAGGACUUACAAUUAGGCAAUAUUACGGUGCCAAAGGGUGCUUCAGUCAGCACACUCGCCUAUAUGGUGCAUCGUGAUGAGAAGUAUUACCCCGAGCCGGAAAAGUUCGACCCGGAGCGGUUCUUGGCAGCUGAGAAGGAUCUACAUCCAUUUGCAUUCGUUGCAUUCAGCGCUGGUCCACGCAACUGCAUUGGACAAAAAUUUGCAAUGUUGGAAUUGAAGCUUUCUCUGUCGUCACUUCUGCGAAGCUACGAGUUUUUGCCAGCAGAAGGUUUCAAGCCCAAAGCUCUGGCUGAAUUGGUGAUGAAGAGUGGAAAUGGUGUUCAGAUACGGUUGCGUCCGCGUAUUUGAAACGCCUUUGUCACUAUAAAAUAAAUUUUAUACAUUUUUACAAUUUACAAUUACAAUUACAUGCAUUAAUUUAAAUGGAAUAAAUGACGAAUUGUAGUUUUUAUAA